AAAGUGGACUCCUGGAGGGGUGGGGCUGGAGUAGGGGAGGGAGGCCGGGCAGUCACAGCACAGGGGGCAGCAGAGGCGGAGGCCUGGUCCUAGCUGUCCCUAGUGUCCGCUGUUUCCUGGGCCCCGUCCUCAGGGACAGCGGGGGAGAUCGGGGAGGGGCUGCCCCCGUUCCUGUGAGGCCACAGAUGAGGAACCCGUGACGUCUCCCCGCUCAUCUCCAGCCGGACUCUGGGCCUGCGCCCCUCACAGCUACUCUGCUCCACAGGGACCAUGGGCGGCGGGGCCCAGACCCCAGCCCUCACUGCCCUCCUCUGCCUGGGGCUGUGCCGGGUGCCAGGGGAUGGGGCACAGGCGGGGACCCUCCCCAAGCCUUCCAUCUGGGCCGACCCAGGCCCCCUGGUCGCCGUAGGAAGCCCUGUGACCCUCUGGUGCCAGGGGUCUCUGCAGGCUGAGGUCUAUCAUAUGUAUACAGAGAGCGGCCGUCAUCCCUGGGAACGAGGCCCCAGCAGGACUCCAGACACAAGGCCAGCUUCUCCGUGAUCACGUCCAUGAGCUCCCAUGACACAGGGCAGUACUGUUGUGUGUAUUGGACCUCGCUCGGCCACUCCCAGCCCAGUGACCCCCUGACCCUGGUGGUGACGGGGAUGUUCCCGGCGCCCUCCCUGUCGGCCCAGCCAAGCCCCGUGGUGGCGUCAGGAGAGAACGUGUCCCUCUCCUGUGGCUCAGAUGAGGCGGGCACUGCCCAUCUGCUGAAGGAGGGUGGAGCCGGCCCCCUGCACAGCCUGGAAGCCAGAUACUCCCAUGGGGCUGGGCUGUGGCAGGCCACCUUCCUCCUGGGCCCCGUGGACAGCACCCAAAGGGGCAUCUACAGGUGCUACCGUGCUGACACCAACAAGACCCGUGUGUGGUCACUGCCCAGUGACCCCCUGCAGCUGGAGGUGUCAGCCCCAGCGCCCCAGGACCACACCCUGGAGAACCUCAUCCGCAUGGGCGUGGCGGGCUUGGUCCUGCUGGGCCUCGGGCUUCUGCUGGCAGAGGCUUGGUACAGCCACAAGAGGACCCGGGCUGCAGGCCGGCGGUGACCUGGAGAGAGGACAGCGCUGGGUCAGAGAGGACGAGCCCUGGGGGCGGGGCAGGGGGGAGCGUGAGCACAGUGGGGAACAGUCUUCCAGCAUUCGGUUGCGGGAACUGUCUGGGGGCAGCAGGGGCUCUUCCUCUA